AUGUCUUCCAACAACAAGGACCAAACUUCCACCCUCCAAUCCUACGUCGACUCCGCUACCGGUGCCGUUCAGUCUGCCAUUGGUUCUAUCACUGGCAACCCUGCAGACAAGAAGCAAGCCGAGGACAAGAAGCUCACAGGAGAUGUUGAACGCGAUCUGUCCCACUCCGCUGCCAAAGCCGGCCCCUUCACCGUUAGCCCCUCCGGCGGCAUCGCCAAAGACGACCCCAACCGCACCGCAGGAUCAUGGAACAAAACCGUUGGCUCUGCGAAGGAGGCAGUUGGCGGACUCCUCGGCGCUGAGGGUCUGAAGCAAGAAGGUAUUCGACAGAACAAGGAGGGUCAGGGACAGGAAGCUCAGGGGCAGCUCAGCGACUUGGGGAAGGGCAUCUCGGACCGGGUCGGUGGUACCAUUGGCGGGGCCGUUGCCGGUUUAACUAGCAACCCCGCGGCUAGGAACGAGGCACAGAAGCAACACGAUGAUGGCAAGGCGAGGCAGCGAGGUGUGGAGGCGGAUCUUCAGAAGCAGGCUCCUCAGUAG